AGAGUGCAAAAUGGCGGUGGGCCGGGCGUGCAUGUGUUUGUGGCAUGGUCUUAGACCAAAACUUGCGACGCCAGUCCGCAGUGGUCCAUCUCUGUUGAGGAGUUGGUCUUCGUGGUCGCCACCAUCGAGGCAAUCGCACCGAUGGUCUGCUCUUCGCAAGAGAUGGGACUCUAUCCCUGCGUUGCGUCGCGGCCUCGCCGACGCAGGUGCCGGCAGCAGUGGAUCCGGUAGCGGUGCUAGCAGCGGUGCUUCGGGCCGAUCGGCGGACCAAUUUUCUCAGCGAGCCAUGAAAUACACAUUCGUAGCUUUCGGCGCGAUGUUCACCGGUGUCGGUGGUUUCUUGGUUGUCACAUGGGGUGCGCCUCCUUUGGAUGAACAAGGCAAAGAGAUAGAGGAUGAGUUCAGCCACAUGCCUCGCUGGAAAGCCCACCUGUACAGGACGUACAAAGAGCUCCAACUUUACAACAAGAUGAUCAAGGACCCAUCUCGUGACAAGCUUCUACCAGAUCCGCUGACCGAGCCAUACUACCAGCCUCCGUACACGCUAGUCCUGGAGAUGACCGGAGUUCUGGUGCACCCCGACUGGACGUACCAGACCGGCUGGCGUUUCAAGAAAAGGCCUGGCGUGAACCAUUUCCUGCAGCAGGUCGGACCGCCGCUGUUCGAAGUUGUCAUCUACACUUCGGAACAGGGAUUUACGGCAUAUCCUAUCCUGGACACCCUAGAUCCUCAGGGCUACAUCAUGUACAGGCUGUUCCGAGAUGCAACUCGGUACACAGACGGACACCACGUCAAGGACCUCUCCUGCCUGAACCGGGACCUCUCUCGCGUGAUAAUGGUCGACUGGAGCGCUGAGGCGUGCUCCUUACAGCCGCGCAACGCACUGCGGCUACCUAAGUGGGACGGCAGCGAUGACGAUCGCACGCUCAUUGAGCUGGCUCAGUUCCUGCGCACCAUCGCCACAAGUGAGGUGGAGGAUGUGCGGACGGUGCUGGACUACUACAGCCAGUUUGACAAUCCGUUGGAGGCAUUCAAGGAGAACCAAAGGAAACUACAGGCACAAAAGCAGCAGGUGCCCCUUGAGCCAAGCCCCAGCCAACGAUCUUGGGCCAUGGGACUUUGGAAACGGCAGUGAUGGACUGCAGGAAGCAUUGGGCCUUGGACCGUGCACUGUGGACACUUGGACAGUAGUGGUCGGUGCUGCCAGCCGUGUUAGUUGCAUCAAGUGAACGUCGGCAGUGAAGGAGCGUUCGCCAUUUCAUGAAUGAACUGAAUGUAAAAGCAUGCGUCUACUUUGUUGUGUGUGUAACUGCCACUGAAACAAGACUGAGUAGGCGCUCAAGACAGUAUUGCAUGGUGUUCUUUUUUUAACUUUUUUUUUUUUUCGUGUCUGCGUAAGACUUGUAGUGUCCGCUUGUGCAUCAUUGAAUAAGCGCACAGGUGCACGUCUGCACCUAAAAUGCUAUGAAAAAAUGUUUCAAGUUGAAAUUUAUACAAUCUAGCAAAACUUUCUAGAACUGUCUUGUUACGAAUGCGAAGUGUGACAUCAUGCUGCGUUUUGCCCGUUGUAAGAUUUGGUGCUGCAUCAUUAUAAACAACUUGUUCACAGGUCACCCUAUCGAGUGAUUGCUGAAAGCAGCUGCUAGACAUAGUCACUUUGUGUUGUUGGGUCACAUAGGACAUUUACUAAUUUAAACCACAUGCAUCAUUCACGAAGGGUGCCUGUUUGCCAUAUUUAGGGCGAAGUUCAACAAUCUGGGCUAGCAUGAAACUUCUGCAGUGUUUAAGAUGAUGGCACAGAACGUGCAGCAUUGUCCUUGCACAUCUCUGACCAGAGUGAUACACAGUCUAUCAGAAUCUGCAAUACCAAUAUAAGCCCAUUGAUCUACUUGGCCUUGUAUCUUUAUUUUCUUGCUGGAUUCAACCUAAGUGAGGUUGCAUACUUGCACAGAUGUCUGGCGUCAGUUUCUGUAAUUCAAGUUCCACGAAUUGAACUAUUUUCACACGAGUCUGGCACGAUUGCAAUGUAGAGAUGUCUGUACUUCUGUGUAAAUAAAGUGAAUGACAUAAAAAAGUAUCGAAGUGGUAUCGGGG